AUGCUCUAUAUCGCCUCGGCAUUACAACCGACGUCCAUCGUCGACUCGAAGCUCGUCCCGGGGUUCACCUCGCCGGGAUCGCAGUCGCUCCUCCUAGCCAAGCCCGAUCGGGUCGAGGUCUGGGAUGUGGAGGCUUCGGGGCUGGUCCAGAAGGGAUCGAUCCAGGUCUGGGGCAAUAUCAUCAGCGUAGAGAUUGUAGACGUCAAGGGCGCUCGACCUCACAUCCUCGUCCUUCUCUCCCCGCCUUCCGCUCGGCUGCUCCUCCUCACCUUUAGCGGGGCCCUCGCAGUCACCUCAACGAUGGCUCUGGUUCCUCCCACUCCGUCACUCCGCCGCGCAGAAUUCUUCACCUCGGUGAUUGCGCACGAAUCGACCGCUUUGGUCAGCCUUUGGGUGGGCGUCUUGAGCUGUAUCGAGAUGGAGGUGGAGAAGGAGAAGGGGCGCCGGAAGAGCGUCGCGACGGACGGCAAGCUUGUAUUCAAGGACAACUAUAACAUCAAUGUCCGAGAACAUAACCUCCUUUCCAUCGCAUUCCUCCCUCAACCUCUACCCUCCGGUCCACUCGCAAGCUUCCUCUACCUCACCCCCGGCCAGUCUCUCCAGAUGCAGACUCGUCUCCUCUCGCCAACUUCGCACUCCUUUACCGAUAUGUCGAGCCCUAUCGAUGUCGCCUCGCCCUCCGGAGAGGCGGUUGACGCCAAUACCGACUUUUCCGAUAUUCCCUUCUCCUGCCCAGCCGCGCGGCGCAUACUCCCUGUGCCAGGAAAGAACAGGAUGGCGUUGAUCAUGGGGGACGAGUACUCUGUCCUCUACUCCAUCACCCUCGUCGCUGCGCCUCCAGCUCGACGGCGCUCGUCAGUCGCUUCGGGUCCAUCGAUCAGCCCGCGCGCCUCGGCAAAGCGGUCCCCGCAGAAUGAGAUGAUUGGUGGUGGACAAGGAAAGCGGCGCAAGUCGAGCACGAGCAAGAGUGACGAGAAGUGGGAGAUGAAGCCUGUGUUUAGGAUACGGCAGGGGUUCGGGACGGUGUUGGCUGCGACGGUCUUACGGAGUGAUGAGCGCGGCGCCAGCGUUCUUAUCGGGGACGACAAUGGACGAGCUACGGCGAUAGGAUGGGAACACGGCGAGGGUAUCCUUGAGUCGACGCGGGUACAGAUCUUGGACCUCGGCCUUAUCUCGCCACCAUCAUCCCUUACUCCCUUCUCGCCCAAUCACAUCUUCAUCACCUCUACCGCAGGCGAUCAUCAGCUCGUCCGUCUUCAACCUGGAUCCUCGAGCAAGAUACAACCAAAACGGGACGCUGAGCCCGAGGUGGAGCAGGUACAGGGAUCACUAGAGGUUAUUGAGAGGUGGAUGAACCUGGCGCCAGUCAAGGACUUUACGGUCGUCUCGGAUGAGAGCGGGGCAGUGUCUCAUCUCAUUGUCGCUUCAGGAGCAGCUACGAGCAAUUCGCUUCGGAUCGUUCGGAGUGGUGUCGGUAUGGAGGAUACGAUGGUCAUUGAGGGGGUCACCGAUGUUCAGCGGAUGUGGACACUGGGCGAGCGGAUAUUGCUCUCGACGACAUCGUCGACGGCCAUGAUCACGCUGGAACCGGCCGAAGUGGAGCUGUGCGCUGCGCUUGCGUCCACGUCGACGAUAGCCGCAGGAAUGAUCGGGGACAAGCUCGUUACUGUCAAGGAGGGCGGCGUGGACGUCUGGUCGGACCUUGCGAGCGGGAGCCAGGCAUCCUGGCCGGCGUCGGGCGUCGUCACCGCCGCGAUUGGAGGGGGACACGUCGCUGUUGCUGUGGCAUCCCAAGUGGUAGUGUUAACAAAUGGGAUCAAGGAGUUAGGUACGAUCAACGCCUCUGCCGCAUCGCUUGCGAUCACCUCCACGACCCUAGCUAUCGGAACAUGGACAAACGAGAUCCUCCUCUACUCUCUGUCGGACCUCUCCACACCCACCACUAUCGUCAACGACUAUCACGCCAACUCCCUCACAUUCCAUACCAAGCUCCUCGCUGGACUCAGCGAUGGCUCGCUGGUCGUGUACGAUCUCGACGGCCUUACUGUCAAAUCACGAAAGGUGUCAAGUCUUGGGACCCGGCCGCUCGAGCUACAUCCCGUGCAGGGCUGGGAAGGGGAGGAACAGAUUCUCGCGGUGGGAUUGACGGAGCGGAUGAGUGUUCUCUUUGGGUCCAAGGACAGGGUGGACUUUUCGGCGGUCAGCAGAAAGGAUGUGACAGCCGCGACAUCCGUCAAGACUGCUCAGGGACAGGCUCUUGUGCUCGCUACAAGCAUCGGUCUGGUCAUUACCAAGGUCAACUCGCUCAAGAAGCUCUCGGUGCAGACGCUCGAUUUGAAGGAAAAGUCGGUGACCAAGUUGGCGCACCUCGAGGGGGUCUUGGCUGCUGGUUGCGUCACUCGGUCCAUGAGCAGCGGGACGGGAGAGAUAUAUCAGGCGGGAGUUCUGGAGCUGAGGGAUCCUGUGACGAUGAGAGUCAUCGGCAACAUGGAACUAUUCGAGCGCGAAGUCAUCACCACCCUUCAACCGGUUGUGCUUCUCGGCCGAUCCUACCUCGCUGUCGGUACUGCCAUCUUCUCGUCCGAGGCCGACUUUGAAGAUGCGGUCUUGGACAACGAGUAUCGCGUGACCGCCAAGGACGGGCGAGUGAUGAUCAUCGAGCCAACGCCCGAGGUCAACAUGAUUACUUUACUCAAGACGAACGGGCCGGUACACGACCUCAAGGUCAUUCAUGGUUUCCUGGCGGUCGCUGCAGCUAGCAGAAUCUCUAUCAAUCGCCUCACUCCUGGACCCAUGGCCACUCUUGUCGAGCUCUCGGCCUUCUCCUCCGCGUUCAUCGCGCAGCACCUCAGUGUCGCUCCUCGGACCAGCGAGCACCCAGAGGACCGCCUCGUCGUCGGGGAUGGAAUGCGCAGUAUCUUUGUGCUGGACGUGGAUGAGGGCAGUGGGGAGAUCUUUGGGGAUCAGCGGGAUAUGGCCACGCACUGUGUGCUGGGGAUGGAGGGGGUCAGGGAUGGUGGAGCGGGAGUUGUCGUGUCUGACGGCCACUCGAAUCUCCUUACCUUCCGCUUCAAGCAGGAGAUCGAAACGGCUGCUUCGUUCGGGCUGCACGAGGACGUGGUGCGAUUCCGUCAUGGCUCGCUCGCACCGCCUACAUCCGCACUGGACGUCAUCAACCCGGAUCUCCUCUACGCGACUGCCGAUGGUAGAUUGGGGAUGAUUGGCGAGCUCACACCUUCGGCCGCCAAGACGAUGGAUGAUCUGCAGCGGAACAUGGCGCGUCUGAUGAAGGGUCCAGGGAUCGAGUGGAAAGAUUGGCGGCGAGGCGGAUCGGAGCUCAUCAAGAGGGAGACGGCCGGUUUUGUCGAUGGCGACUUCGUACAAAUAUUCUUGGAUAGCGAGGAGCAAGACAAGGUACUGGCUGGCUCGAAUGUGCAUGAGCGGGUGCAAAAGGUGGUCAAGGGGUCCAAUGAGGCAGCGGAUCGGGGAGACGUCUCGAGGUUGCUGGAAGCUGUAGCGGGACUGCACUAG